GGCGACCACCGUUAUCGAUAACGGUGACAUCACAUGUUUUGGAAAUUCUACAACACAAAUUUGACUGCUGAGGUGUUCGAAAAUCUGCAGGAACGAGAAGGUCGCGAUUUUUUUAAUUUUUGUGGCCGUAUGCGUCACCCGAAAGGGAGGGCGAACCGCAGUCAAACUACGUCCAUCAAAUCCUCGCGAGCAUAUGCCACAUCCGCAGACGUGCUGGAAAUGAAAUAAAGCUGGCCAUCAUCGAGAUCUGAAAACGCGAUGGAGGGCGUCCUCCUCAAAUGGACCAACUACUGGAACGGCUGGCAGACAAGGUGGUUCGUCCUCAACGACGGCAUCCUCUCCUACUACAGGUCGGCCGAGGAGGUCAACCAAGGCUGCAAAGGAUCGAUGAAAGUUUCAGCAAUAGAAAUCACAGUAAACCCUGUGGAUAAUACGAGGAUGGAUAUAUCCAUACCGGGUGAGAAGAACAUGUACCUCAGAGCACCAUCCUCGCAAGAACGCCAGCACUGGCUCGUAGCGUUAGGCAGUUCGAAGGCAUGCCUUACUCAUUCGAAAAGAAAAGAAUCAGUUCCCGAUUCAUCGCCUGAAGCGCUAAAGACAAAAAAAUUCGAGCUGAGGCUCUACUGCGACCUUUUGAUGCAACAGGUGCAUUCAGUCAAAACUGCUGCUAGUCAGGAAUCCGGACCGGAUGUCGAGCACAUUCUGGAGGGUAGCAAAUUGCUGUCGGCGACUUGUGACACUUUUAUAAAAACGCUUGAGGACUGCAUGAAGCUCUCUAGCAUGGCCAUCUCAGUUCAAGAGAACAAUUAUAAAAAUGAAAAUGAAAUUAGAAACCUAAGUCAACCCACUGUACCAGUUAUGAGAAUGAAUUCCACAGAGAAAAAAGCCUGACUAAAAAAGAAAGAAUUGUCCUGUUUUAGAAGGCAUGCAAUGUUAUUAUUCUUUUAUUAUACUCCAUACUCAGAUGUACAUAAAUUUACAGUAAAUUUACCCAACUGUACUGUACGGAUCUUUUUAUGAUUUUUUUAAAAUAUGCUUUUGUGAUUUUGGAUAUAUAUAAUAUACUCUAUAUGUU